AUGCGGGUCUUGCUUACCCAGAGGACGCUGCCCGGUCUUGUCCUCGGGCUCCUGCUACUGGGCACCACGGCCAUGGGCGGCUGCUCCAGAGACUACCAGCUUCUCCUCGGCCAGCUGCAGCACCAGGCGAACAUCAUGCAGAGCACAGGCAUGCUUCUGGACCCCUAUCUCCACAUCCAAGGUUGGUACGACUCAAAACUGAAAAAGGAAUGUAAGGAGCAACCCAAAGACUUCCUCAGCGAGCGCUCCCUGAUGGGGCUCAGCAGACAGGCCUUCCUGCAGACCCUCAAUGCCUCCCUGGGCCUCAUCCUGGACAAACUGGCUGCCUACCUGCAGACGUACCAUGUCAACAUGGAUAGGACCUGGACGCAGCCGAAAGUGGAGCAGGCCUGGAAGAACCUGGCCCAAGCCGAGAGAUUUCUCCGAGGGUUCCGGAACAACAUCUUCUGCCUGGCUCAGCUCCUCCGUGAUUCCGCAGAGACGGCCAUGCCCACGCAGGCCAGCGAGAGGCGCUCCACGCCCCCCUUAGACCACUUCGAGCUCAGGUUGAAGGACUGCCAGCUCCUGCAAGGUUACCAUCACUUCAUGCACUCGGUGGGGCAGGUCUUGGACAGGUGGAAGGAGGGCCGGGGCCGGAGACGCAGACACAGCCCCCGCCUCCGCCGGGCCCUUCGGGCACAGGCCUACAGGGCGAGACCCUCCUGGAGGACCAGGAGGCCUCUCCUCAGGAGGCUGUUUCCCCAGUAG